UUUAUGAAACCCUUAUUUUUUAAUCUUAUUUUUUAAUCUGAGUGCGAAGUGUGAUAGCAAUUUCGCGCACAUCUCUCUCUCUCUCUCAGCGACGAAGAAGACGGAGGAGAUCAAUCGGCUGUUCUUGAAGCUUGAAUACGCACACAUCUCUCUCUCUCUCUCAAUCCGUAUACGCACACAUUUCUUCAUCGAAGCUCCAUCUGCACCUGCGAUUUCAAAGAUUCAGAGCGAUUUCGAAGCGAUUUCGAAGAUUCAGAUGGAUUUCGAGAUUCAGAGCAAUUUCGAAGCUCCAUCGCCACCGUCAUCUGCACCGGCGAGCACACCCUCUCUCUCUCUCUCUCUCUCUCUCUUUUCUGGAAGUUCAUUUUGAUGGCGUCUGAAACCCUAGAAGACAAGAAACAAGAAGAAAUAGCUAACGUCGAAGACAAAGGUGAAGUGAAAGAAGAAGGGAAAACAGAGGAGGGUGAAGAAGAGAAGGAAGCGGAA